AUGCGAGCACGGCCGCCGUGCCUCCCGUUGAGCACUCGCCUGCCGCGACUGACGCGCGCGCCAUCACAGCUGCUUCGCCGAGCCGCCUCCUCGCAAGACAAGGGCGACGACCCGCUCAAGCCUGACGGCGACGCGCGGCUCGACCGGCUUUGGCCCGGUCGGGCCGUGACAGAGGCGGAGGAGAUCCUCGCGUCCGCGCCGCUCCCGCACGGCUUCGAGGCAGCGGCGCCGUCCAAAAAGGCGCGCGUCUUUGCGCGCUCGCUGCGGCAGCGGCAAGCGGCGCAGUCCGCGAACCGCGCGUUUCUGCCGCUCGAGAUGUCGGCCAUCAUCGACCUGUUCGACGACUAUGCCGGCCCCGCGAGGCAGCUUGACCGCGACGGCCUCCGCGCGCUGCUCGCGAGCGUGGGCGAGAGGCCGGACGAUGCCACGCUCGAGGAGCUCUUCCACCAGGCGGACGUCGACAGCAGCGGCGCCAUCGACCUGGACGAGUUUCUGCACGCCUCGGACGCGCUGCUCGCCUCGAACCCGGUGUGGUGA